GAAGAGUCCAUACGAUCAUAGGCACGGAAAUCAUUUAAUUAGCGAUAAAAAUAAAUAUGGAUGCCACCAAAGAUUAUUUAAGAAGAAACCAUAUCAGGGUUACGGGUAUUGAUAGCUUCUCCCCAAUAUUUUCUCUUGAUGACGCACCUUUUGAUAGUAGAAUACUUGAGAUCAUGAAAGCACAAUCUAUAAUCUCACCUACACCCAUUCAAAGUAUAUGCUGGCCUAUUGCUUUGGAGGGUAGAGAUAUGGUAGGAAUAGCUCAAACUGGAUCAGGAAAAACAUUAGCAUUUAUGUUACCAGCGCUUAUGUAUAUCCUAAAGCAACCAUCCCCGGGAGUUGGUGAUGGCCCAAUAUGUUUAGUAAUGUGCCCCACCAGAGAAUUAGCCCAACAAGUUCAACAAAUUGCCUCAACAUUUGGUUCACCAUUGAACAUACAUAAUGCAUGUAUAUACGGAGGAUCUACUCAAAAGAAACAGACAAUGGAAUUGCAUAACAGUCCUCAUAUUGUCAUAGCUACACCUGGUAGAUUGAUAACCUUGUUGGAAUCAUGUGAAACAUCACUUAACCUUUGUUCUUUUCUGAUUUUAGAUGAAGCAGAUCGUAUGCUAGAUUUGGGGUUUGAACCUCAGAUCAAAAAAAUUAUGGAAUACAUAAUGCCCAAUAGAAGAACCUUAAUGUUUAGUGCAACUUGGCCUACAGAAGUUCAUUCGUUAGCCUCUGAUAUGUUAAAUGAUUAUGUAAAAGUUGUCAUUGGGGAAAAAGAGCUUACAGCCAACAAGAAUAUAUGCCAAAUAAUCCACAUGUGCCAGCAUUGGGAAAAACAAAAUUUGAUGUUUUCGUUGAUCUCGGAUAUCAUUAAUAAGAAUCAGACUUACAAAUUAUUAAUAUUCGUCCGGACAAAGAAGAAAUGCAACAUAAUGAAUAAUAUACUCACUAAGAAGGGUUGGUCAGUAUGCUGCAUUCAUGGUGACAAACAACAGUUAGAUCGAGAACAAGUUUUAAACGAUUUUAAAAAUGGGACUACACCAAUAAUGGUUGCGACAAGUGUAGCUUCACGUGGAUUAGAUGUCGAAGACAUAAAUGUUGUCAUAAAUUUUGAUUUUCCCGAUACUAUGGAAGAUUAUGUCCAUAGAAUAGGUCGUACUGCCAGAUCCACAAAAUCUGGAACUGCUCACAGUUAUUUCACUCCUAAAAAUUAUCAAAUGGCCUUUUCUUUAUUAGACAUGCUUAAAAGUUCUGGCCAAGAAGUUCCACAUCGUUUGUAUUCUAUCGCUUCUAGAUAUGGUGGACAGAUUAAAAGAGAUGAUCGUGAUUGGAAUAGUAAAGGUAGAAGGCCAUCAGAAGAUUCCCACGAGAGAGUAAAAGACAGGCGCGUAAAGAGUGGGAGGGAAGAGUCAGACGAUUCAUCCACCUCUGACAUCAAUGAAUCUGGUCAUCAGGUUAAGGUCUCAUUAUCAACUAAACAACCUCGUGAAGUCGCCACUUCUACUAAGCAACCACAAGAAUGCCCUCCCAUUGUCCCUAUUCACGACCCACUUGUGGAGGCCAUGAAACUUCAAUUGCAACAACAGCAGACAAUGAUUUACACUUCUGAGGCUUCUGCAACUACUCCUUCUGCUGGAAAUGCCUAUGAUACUUAUUUGGCCCUCCAAGCCAGCCAACUAUUUAAGCAACAAAACCCUGAACUCUUUAAAAAAAAUGACGAUAAGCGUGAUACCAAGGACAGAGAUGAUCGAGGUGCAAAAUGGAACAAGAGUAAAAGUCCUAAAAGAAGACGUAAUAGCAAAAGUCCUAAGAAAUCUAGAUGGGACAGUAAAAGUCCUAAGAGAUUGAUACGUGAUAGUAAAAGUGGUGAACGCAGAUUGGAAAGAAAUGCUGCUUCCAGGGAUGAAGAUAACAAUCGUCAUCGAAGUGAUAGGACCCGUACUCGUAGCCAUGACAGGUCAAUAAACUCUAGUCGUAGGAGAGAAUAUAGGGACGAUGACAGAUACAGAAAUCGCGAUCGUUCAUAUAGGGACCGAGAUAUAAGUAGGACAAACGAAGACCUCAAUUCCUCUCGCAGAGGGGAUGAAAGACGUAGAGACAGAAGAAGAAAUAGCCAAAGCCGUAGCAGAGACAGGAGAGAUGACAGAUAUAAUGAAAAUCGUAGGCAUGAUGAUAGGAUCACUCGAGGCCAAGGAAGAGAAGAAAGGAGGGAUAGAAUUGAUCAAAAAACUUCUCGUCCUUCAUCGUUUUAUAAAGAGCAACAAAUGCCUCAGCAAUCCCAGGAGCUCACUAAUUUUCAAGCACUUAAUGCUUCUAACAUGGCCAUGGUUAAUAAUUUGAUGUCUAUGAUAUCAGGGGUCAAUAGCUACGAUAAAAAUAUCCAAAGCAACUUACUCACAAAUAACACAGGUAAUGUAGAUCCAUCAUCUAACCUGAUGAUGAACAUGAUGUUAGCAGCUAUGAAAACUUGCAAUAACCCAAACAACAAUCAAUCAUUACAAGUUAGUAACUUAAAUAAUUCAAGCUAUUUAAAUGAUGUUAAUCGAAACAAUGUUGGUUCAGUCCUCUAUGGUGAUUGCUCAGCUAUUGCCAACCAAAAUUUUCAAUUGUCACCCAAUGAUAUUUCUAAAAUGAACAAUGACCUAUUUUCAUAUAAAAAUGAAAAUUAUCAACAAUACUCAACUUUUGUUCCAGAAGCUUCAAGUAAUUUUGAAAGUAAUUGUGACCAAAAUUAUAAUAAUAAAAGCAAUGGAUCUUAUACUGAUCGAAACCAAAAUAUUCCAGCACCACCUCUUAAUGACUAUAGGGAUUCACACAGAAAAGAUUUUAAUAAUAGAUACCAAGAAAAUAAUUUUAUUAACAGACGAUAAAGGGUACUAUCUGAUAAUUAUGUUGUAUAUUCGAAAACACAGUUUUUGGAUUCUUUUAUAAAAUU